UUUGUUAUUUCAGUUCAAGGCAACAUAGAGCUAAUUGUUUCACUAUGUGUUCUUUCUGCAGCAUCAAAUGUUGGUUCAUUUUCUUCAACGGCAUCUUCUUGGCAUCUGGGGUCGCCCUCAUCACGAUCGGAGCGCUCCAGUACUCGACCUACUCGCAGAUCGGCACUUUUGCAGGGAGCAGCUUUUCCAAAAUUGCCAUCGUCCUCAUUGCAGUGGGCGCCACCAUCAUCCUUGUGUCCCUUUUGGGACACUGUGGGGCAUUCCUGAAUAAUUCUUCCAUGGUGUCUUGUUUCAUCUGCAUCCUGAUAAUCAUCGUCCUUUUGGAGAUAUUUACAGGAGCUGCUUUUUAUAUAUUUCGCAGCAGGACUGCCCUUCUGCAGAUGAACAGCGGGAUCAACACCCGAGCUCGUGCCGCGGUCUACGAAUACAGCCCAAAGGACAGACACGCCAUCAACAGGAUUCAGGAAAAGUUCAGCUGCUGCGGCGCCGACACUUCCACCGACUGGUCCAGAAGUGUGGGCUGGGGAAACCAAGAAGCUGUGCCAGAUUCCUGCUGCCCGGAGAAGAGAGAAGGCUGCGGACAUGACAAGGAUAAAGCUCACAAAAAGGGAUGCAUCUCAGCUAUAAAGCUCUUUCUGUUGAAGAAUCUGGUGUGGGUCGGCGGUGUUUGCAUUGCUCUCGGAAUAACAGAGGUGUUUGGUGUGGUAGUCGGACUAUGCCUCUGCCUGGACAUUAAACGCAAUAAUUAUGAGAAUGUCGACUAAUUCAUCAUCACAACCAUCUUCACACAUCUACA